AUGAUGUUUCAACCGACUCGAAAAGGAGAAAGUACGUUCACGCAACCACCAACUGAAUCUCUAACCGCACGGGCCGUUCGAAACUCGAAUUCAAAUUUCAAAUCUCAGAAGCGCGAAGAGGAAAAAAGAGAUUUCAAAAUCCAAAUCCCAACGACGGAUCCUCAAAAGCGAAUCCCAAGGAGCGGAGAUCUGAUUUUCUGCGGCGAUGUCAACGGAGGAGGAAGUAGUGAAUCCGGAGAAGCAAUGUACUCGCUUGACCAGCUGAUGCGAGCUUCGGCGGAGCUUUUAGGAAGAGGAUCGGUAGGGACGACGUAUAAAGCGGUGCUGGUUAACCAGCUGAUCGUGACGGUGAAGAGAUUCGCUCCGUCGAAAACAGCGAGUGUUACCGAUUUGGAGUUCGAGAAUCACAUGGAGGUAGUUGGUAAACUCAGGCACCCGAAUCUCGUGCCGAUGAAAGCGCAUUUUCAGUCAAACGGAGAGAGACUUGUCAUCUACGAUUACCAACCUAACGGAAGUCUUUUCAGUCUUAUUCACGGUUCAAAAACAUCAAAGGCAAAGCCAUUACAUUGGACGUCAUGUUUAAAGAUAGCAGAAGAUGUAGCCCAAGCGCUACACUACAUCCACCAAUCAUCUGCACAGUUCCAUGGAAACCUAAAGUCCACAAACAUCCUCCUCGGUCACGAUUUCGAAGCUUGUCUCACGGAUUACUGUCUCAGUGUCUUGACAGACCCUUCUGUUCCCACUGACCCUGACAUUUCUUCAUACAAAGCGCCAGAGAUCAGGAAGUCAACGGACAGUCCUACAUCCAAAUGCGAUGUGUACUCGUUCGGUGUCUUCGUCUUAGAGCUGUUGACUGGUAAAUCGGCUUCAAGGCAACCGUUUAUGGAGGAAAAUGAUAUGUUGGAUUGGGUGAGAGCGAUGAGGCAAGAAGAUGAGAGGACAAAGGAAGAGAACGGGCUUGAAGUGAUGACUCAAACGGCUUGUCUUUGCCGUGUGACGUUGCCGGAGGAAAGGCCGACGAUGAAAGAAGUGAUCAAAAUGAUUCAAGACAUAAAGGAGAGUGUGGUGAUGAGUGACUGA